AUGGAUUGUGUUCUUUCUUUUGCUUUUGCUAUGAUAAGAACUUCCAGGUUCAAACUUGAAUGCGGGAUUCCAUACGUGACUCUUCUGGGAACCAUAACAUUUACCAGUCUUUCAUGUUUGCGGGACACAUCUGAACCGAAGUUGUGGAGGAUGACAACUAAGGGAUUUCUCCAAAGAGCAAUCCAUGACUCUGAAGGACAAGGCCAAGGCAAAGCCCAGCGAUGUCUUCUUUUAGCUCGUGGAAACCUAGCUUUUAGCUCAUCUCUUUUUCUUCUUUCCUGUGACACGUUCCUUGAGUCAGGCCCGACGACAUCGCGAGUUUCAACGGUGUGGUGUGAAUUUCCUAUGGAAAAAUAUCGACGAAACAGUGUUUGUGUGUUGGUGUGUCGUUGUAAAUGGGACUUUUUUGUGGCCAUAUCGAGCCUUAUAUCAUCUAAGGAAACGCCCCAAGCAACAGGGUACCGCUUUGUCAACUGUAAAUAUGCUUUUAGGACGCGUCUGGAAGCUGAAGCAGUCCGGGCCAACGUCAGGCCAAUUCGUGUUGAUUGUUUCUCGCAAUUGACCCGAUCUCCUCCUUUUUCUCUCAGGGGUGCUUUAAAAGCUAACACCAAGCACACAAAGGGCAGAAAAGAGACACCAUCUCCUGGGAGCGACAAAUUGAGGGCUUUGGAGCUGGGCUUGGAUAGAUUGGAAAAAAAGGAAAGGUGGUGGAGGCAAGAAAUCCAAGGGAGUAUUUCUGUUUGGGAUUUUGAUCAGCAUUACUACUACAAAUCCCCACCACCACCAUACUACAAGUAUGAAUCGCCUCCUUACAAGUAUGAAUCUCCGCCACCGCCACACUACUACUAUAAAUCCCCACCACCACCACAUUACUACUACAAAUCCCCGCCACCACCAUACUACAAGUAUGAAUCGCCUCCUUACAAGUAUGAAUCACCGCCACCGCCACCAUACAAGUAUGAAUCCCCACCACCGCCACCAUACAAGUAUGAGUCGCCACCGCCGCCACCAUACAAGUAUGAGUCACCGCCACCACCACCAUACAAGUACGAAUCACCACCUCCACCUCCAUACAAGUACGAGUCCCCGCCUCCACCUCCAUACAAGUAUGAGUCGCCCCCACCGCCUCCUUACAAGUAUGAAUCUCCACCGCCGCCACCAUACAAGUACAAAUCGCCACCUCCACCUCCAUACAAGUAUGAGUCACCCCCACCACCUCCUUACAAGUAUGAAUCCCCACCUCCGCCACCAUACAAGUAUGAGUCCCCACCUCCGCCACCAUACAAGUAUGAAUCGCCACCUCCCCCUCCAUACAAGUAUGAGUCGCCCCCACCGCCUCCUUACAAGUAUGAAUCCCCACCUCCGCCACCAUACAAGUAUGAAUCGCCACCACCGCCUCCAUAUUACUAUAAAUCUCCACCGCCUCCUUAUUACAAGUAUGAGUCUCCACCACCACCAUACUACAAGUACGAGUCUCCACCUCCACCUUACUAUUACUACAAAUCCCCACCGCCUCCAUACUACAAAUAUGAAUCCCCUCCACCACCUUACUACAAGUAUGUAUCGCCACCUCCACCAGCUUACAAGAAGUAAAAAAGUUUCAUGUUGUGUUCCCUGGAUUCAACAUAAUAAGAUGUGUUGUGAAAGAAAGCAGAACGAUUUUUUCAUAUAAAUAAAGACCGGAAAAUGCUUCGUUAUA